CACAAAUUACCCGCCACGCAUUGUGAGUGUGGCGUUGACGAUGACGGUUAAGUUUUUGGAUGUCGUCAAGCCUUUCUGUGCUAUCCUUCCGGAAAUCUCUCGUCCUGAGCGGAAGAUACAGUUCAGAGAACGGGUAUUAUGGACGGGAAUAACAUUAAUGAUUUUCUUAUUCUGUUGUCAAAUACCCCUUUUUGGGAUCAUGUCAUCUGAAUCUGCCGAUCCGCUCUACUGGCUUCGUGUUAUAUCUGCCUCCAACAAAGGAACUCUCAUGGAACUUGGGAUAUCACCCAUUAUAACAUCUGGAUUAAUUAUGCAACUGCUAGCUGGGAUUCAGGUUCUAUCUGUUGGUGAUGCACCCAAAGACAGAGCUUUGUUCAACGGAGCGCAAAAAUUAUUCGGUAUGGUUAUAACUAUUGGACAGGCUUCUGUGUAUGUCAUGUCUGGGAUUUACGGUGCCCCAAGCGAGCUGGGGGCUGGCAUUUGUCUUCUAAUCAUAUUUCAGUUGACAUUUGCAGGGCUCUUGGUUUUGAUGUUAGACGAACUCCUUCAGAAAGGUUAUGGUCUGGGAUCUGGUAUAUCUCUAUUUAUUGCAACAAAUAUUUGUGAAACUAUCGUAUGGAGAGCAAUUAGCCCAACAACUAUUAAUACUGGUCGAGGUACGGAGUUUGAGGGUGCCAUAAUAUCAUUGUUCCACUUAUUGGCGACUCGUACCGAUAAAGUUCGUGCGCUAAGAGAGGCAUUUUAUCGCCAAAAUUUGCCGAAUUUGAUGAAUAUACUUGCAACCAUUCUUGUCUUUGCGGUUGUCAUCUAUUUCCAAAGUUUCAGAGUUGACAUUGCAGUCAAGUCAAUCCGCUAUCGUGGGCAAACAACAUCAUACCCAAUCAAACUUUUCUACACAAGUAAUGCCCCAAUUAUGCUUCAAAGUGCACUUGUAUCGAAUCUUUACGUCAUGUCACAGAUGCUUGCCAGCAAAUUUCGAGGCAACUUCCUAAUUAAUCUUUUGGGUGUAUGGUCUGACGGCGAAGGUGGUUCUCGAUCUGUACCCAUCGGGGGGUUGUGCUACUAUAUGACUCCUCCAGAUUCUUUGGGUGAUAUGCUAGUAGACCCCAUACAUGGCAUUUUAUAUAUUGCUUUCAUGCUUGGCAGCUGUGCUUUCUUCAGCAAAAUAUGGAUUGAUGUCUCUAACUCCAGCGCUAAAGAUGUUGUGAAACAACUGAAGGAACAACAAACUUUUGUCCCGGGGCAUCGGGAGAAUUCAAUGGUACAUGAGCUAAACAGAUAUAUACCAACAGCAGCUGCUUUAGGAGGUCUAUGCAUUGGUGCACUUUCUGUGUUGGCAGAUUUUCUUGGUGCUAUUGGAAGUGGAACAGGUAUCCUCAUGGCUGUCACAACAAUCUACCAAUAUUAUGAAGUGUUUGUUCGUGAACAGAGUGAGAUGGGUGGUUCAAUGAGUUCCCUAUGGUUAUAAAGGAUUCUCAUACUUUUUCAGUUUAUUGAAACCUAUCUCUUCGCCCUUUGUUAUUAAUUUCUCCAUCUAUAUUGUGCAAAGUACAGAUAAGCGUGAACUUACAUUGCAUUCAAAGUGUUAGCGAAAUACCAUCAAAAUCGGCUACAUAUUUACUGGAAGCAUAAAUAUACAACCGAUUGUGAUGGUAUUUCGCAAACACCUUGAAUGCAAUAUAAGUUCACGCUUAUCUGUACUUCGCACAAUGUAGAUAAAGAAAUUAAUAACAAAGAACAAAGAGAUAAGUUUCAGUAAACACUUUUAACGUCAGUGGCUUUGAUAGUUAUUGUAUAACAAUUGAGUAUUUGACUUUCUCUGUUCAGUAUUCUUGUCAUAAUAUUGAUUGACGUGUACAUUUCGGUUAUUAAUAAUUACUUCUUGCCAUAAAUUUGUGAUCAUUAAAUGUUUCUUGUCUUC